UUCAUAUUUCUUCUUUCUUUCACAGUGAUCAGAUAAAAAACUCCAAAGAAAAUAGAAACAACCCAGAAAAGACACAAAACUCACCACAGGCUGUUACCAACACAAAGAGAUCACAGUAAACACAACAUGAAUACAAACAGACCAGGAAGAAUUAAAAUGAUCAUAAAGAGACACAGAGUGAUGACAGAGACAAAACGACCACAAAGAAACUGAACACAUGACAACUACUACUACUACUACAAAAAAAAAAAUACAACGUGACCACAAAGAGACACAAACUAGCACAAAGGUCUCAGCAGCCACUUGUCAUCACUCUCUCCACAGCCAUGAGUUAAAUGUUAAGGGUCUAUUGUUAAUGUGCCUGUCAACAUGUAAACUGUGUUGUUACCUGACGCGUUUCUUCUUUAUCCAAGGACAUUUUCACGUGAAGAAACGUAACAAACUAGCUGCUGUUGCCGUAAAGUAACGAAACUGUCAAAGAAUCGGGGAAAGACUCAGAAAACGAGACACGUUCAGCAAACACACAAACUCAAAACUGUUGUAAAAACCCGCGGCAAAAAUUCAUCAGCAAACCAACGACUCAUGAGCUUGUUUCCUGGUUGUGAUGAACAAUUUGUACAGCGACAUCUUGUGGUCUGGAGGAGGGACUGCAGAAAUCUAUUUACUCAGGAGUCAGAAGGGGAAAGUACCUCUACUCCAUAUUAGUGAACUGAACAAUCUGCAGUUGUGAUACUUGUACUUUCAGUGUGUCCUUCAAUCUGAUUCCACUUUACUGUGUAAUUUCCCUCAGAUGAGCUGAUAUUCAUGAGGUGUCGUAGAACAAGUUUCCCACUUGAACGUCGGAACAACUUGAAGAGCGGACAAACAUUUAGUAUUUGAAAUUUUCCCUCUCACUUUGUAAAACACAGAUGCAUAAACAGUACAUACAAAAGACGUAUGAUGUGUUUGAAGUACACGUGGCAGUAUCAGAUAUGAGGGGUAAGAGAAUCCAGCUUUGAUAUAGUAAAAAUUAUUUUAGAUAAAUACAAAAACUAUCCUGUUAAAUGCGAUGAGCUUGAAAUAUGAUCCAGUGUAAUUAAGUCCACAGUCAACAGUAUGAAAAAUCACAUAGGGGUAUUUUAUUAUGCAGAAUUUUACUUCAAUAACAUUAAGUACAUCAAUACUUUUGUCAUUUUACUUAAGUAGUAUUUCAAUGCAGUACUUUACACUGUUCCAUUGGUAGUUUUUCUAAAAUAAGAGUUUCAGAUACUUCUUCCACAACAGACAGAAUAACUAAAUGAUGUGGAUUAGCCCAUUUAAUGUGAAUUCAAUUCUCUAUAGCAUGAAAUGGUUUCACCAAUCAUAAGUACACUAAAUCACGGAGCCCUUUUAUAAAUUUGCUUGCAGACUUGGUCCUCGCAGGUCAUUUCCUGAGAAGAGAAAACACAUUGGAGUUACUAUAAAGUAUCUGGGCUGUGCUGGGUCACCACCAGGAUGAGAAGCUGGGUCGUACCAAGUGAAGCUCGUCCCCCUCAAUCCAGUGUUUCCACCCUCGGUUCUUCUUUUUUCCUUUCUGAACACACACCAGCUUUUCAUUGUCCCAGGUCACCACAGUCUGGUGGAAAAUGGAAAACAGAGAACUACAGAGCUGCUUCAGCUGAACAUGUCCAGACGUCAGGAAUAGAGUUACAGCACACGUCUGCCUGCGUGUCCUAACAUCCAUGUUCCUCUACAUGCUAGUCUUCAUGGCUUAUCAUGGCAGCAGAUGGAUACCAAGGAGUAAGAGGUUAAGAUUUCAAAUACUGAAUGCAGGGUUCACAGCUAUUGUUCUGGCUCCUCAGCUCUAUGUCUUGGCGAGGCCCAAAUCCUCCCGAUACUGCAGGCAGCCUCUUCUGAACAACCUGUCGGCCUCUGUCGCCUUGUCCUUCAUAGCUUCAGGUUUUUCAGUGGUCUUCACGUUGUUGGACCCAGUUCCUCAGAGCUUGUGGGCGUCCUAUCAUGUGUUUGGGCUGAUGUCAUGUGGACAAGGACUGUGCACUACCAUCCUGACUCUGACAGCCACAGCAUGUGCCAAGACGACCCCAGAGCUGUACUACAUGUCUCUUGUUCUGACGGUUGCCUCCAUUCUCAGCACAGGUUUUUUCACGGUGAGAGGAGGUCGCUGGCUGAGUGACAGGCAGCCCGUGACCGACCCGGGCACAAACACAGAGCGGUCAUCCGGUCCAGCUGUCCCACGUUGACAUCCGACACCGCUCAUAUCAAAAUUUCAUGGGGUUUCCAUGCCAACAGAACUGGAAACUUUAAACCAUGGGAACAAAAACUAAAAAAACCUAAAGGGACUUAAAUUCACCUCAGAGGAAUUAGGGAAGCAGAUGUCUGGACUAUCAGAGAGGUUUUGCUUUUAUUUGUUGAUGGUGUAACUGUUCAUAAGAAGCAAACAAAUACACGAUCUACACAGCAGAUUCAGUUUAUAUUUCUAAAUACAUAAUUGCACAUACAAAAAUACAGAUUUGAAUAUAUAUAUAUAUAUAUACACAGCGUCAAUAGUAACAUUUAUCCCAAUGGGGAAAGUAUGCCUACAUUAAACAGAAUAUAGAAAGGCAAAUAAAAGGAAAUUUUAUAUUGAUAAAACUAACAGGUUGUAAUAUAUGAUAAAAUACAGAUGUUGUAUCAAAACAUGACCCAUGUUAUCUGAGCGGUCUUAUCCGAAAGGAAACUUGGUCCCAACAAACAUCUGUAUAAAAAUAAACUGGAAAAUCCCACCUGUGCACUUUGUACUUAUAGUUUCACUGACUACAUUCUAUCGUUCAUACAGCGGAACUGAUCUCUGUCAGAAUCAAUGUUAUUGUUCAGAUCUUUUGUAUUGAUCACAAAUCAAUGUAUGAUUUAAACAACUGGGAUAUGAUAAAGAAAAAACACAAACAAAUCUUUGUUGGAAAUAAACUUGUUCCUGUGGGUCAAUAUGCUCUACUUGUAUACUGUUGUAUACUGUAAUAUACUUUACAUCUCACUUAAUUGUUGGUAUAUGGAUCAGACACUAUAGAGAAGUCCUCCACACUCGGGUGUAUAAAUGAACAUUGAAAAGAAAAACAGAGAGUUCCUUACGCUGUACUUUAUUAGUACAAUACAUUUAUUAAUUAUGAAAUACGUUCAUUUCUAAAAAGUGUGGAUUUUUCAUACUUAUAAGACUUAAUGGUGUGCAAUAACUGCUGAUAAAAUCAAAUCUGAAAUAAAGCUCCUCUUGUUUCGACUCAUGCAUCUAGAAAAAGCACCUUGAUAUUUCUUAGUGGAAUGUGAAUAUGCACCAUAGAUUUUGAAUUACCUGAAAGAUUUUAAAUCCUUUUAUUUUCAAAAUUACAAAUCUUUUGUUGUUACACAAACAAAAUAUUUAUUCAACUGUCACAUUUUCAUUUUAUUCAACUCAUCACUGCCACCUCAAGUAUAUGAAAUAUACAAUCAAAAGUAAAGAUCACACAGUGAACUGCAUUUAUGUAAACAUUCAGAAAUUCACCUGAGAUCUGAUACAAUUCAGACGUUAUGAUAAUUCUGCACAUUUUGUACAGAUUUUCACUCACCUCACACUCGAUUAGCAUCAGAUAAACCAUAAACAACCUGCAUGAUGAUCCCUUCACACAGUCACACACAGAAGAAUAUUCACAUAAAGUUUAACUUUGAAUAAUGAAAGGACCGUACCUGCUGUGUGUGACUCAUUAGCAAAUAAUAACAUGUACUUCACAUUCCUGCCUUUUCCUUCCAGAGGUCAGUGUCUGCGUCCAGACACUUCAGGUGCUGACAGAGUCCAACUGGCCCAACACACAACUGCCAUGAGCCAGGUCCUGAGGAUUUUAGGGCCAUCAAUGGGGAUUUUGUUUUAACUUCCUUUAACAUUGUGUUAUAGGGUGUUUCGGACAUUUUCACAGAUUAUUAUAGUUUAAGAUUUGGUAUCCAAUAGAUUAUUCACACAUGUAUAGAUUGGGGGCUGUGGCUCAUACUACAUUAUUUGGACAUGUGGUAAGUUUUGCAUGGGUUUAAAUAUACCUGACAGGGAAUACUAAUUCAGAACUGGAUGGGAUUUCCCAACGUUAACUUUAACUGCUCAUCUCAAUCCUCCAUCUGUAUUUUGGAGUAAAUCAAAAUUUACAACUCUUUCUUGCCGGUCAAUCCAUGAGCAGGAAAACAGUUUCACUUUUAA